UGCCUUUGAAAAUGAGGGCAAAGGUGAGAGGACACAACGCAAUGCUGAUGCAACAGCACAGAAACACCCGAUUUCCGAUGUGAUUUAUAAGGGGAUAGGAAACUGAAGCCGCGACUCGCUGCAGGUUGGCUUCCGCCGAAAACGCCCACCAACCUUGGCCCUCCCAGCCUCUUCCACGCCUGACUGGGUCGCAACCAACAGCGAAAAUGGUACCAACGCGUGAGGGCGGGGUCGGCGGCACAGAGAAUUACUAUUGGUUGGGAGCGGCAGUGGCCUCUUCCCAGCCCCUCCAUUGGCCAGUUCCGUAAGGCGGAACCUGUGAGGGGUUGGGUUUGAACUAGGGAUAUUUCGGAGCCAGCGAGCGAUCCUAGAGAGACCCCGGAGCCGGUGGGAGAGGCCGCUGCAGCCGCGCUGCUGGCGCCCCGCGCAAGGCUCCUCUUUGUUGCAGGUUAGCCGCAGGCUGCGCAAUUUCGGGAGGAGUCGGGCGAUCCCACACACUGAACCUGAGGGUCGUCGUUCUGAUUAGUCUCUCUUCUGUCCUGCAGUUUCCAGGACUACGGGGAGGGUUUUUCCUUUCCUUUUAUUCUCCUUUCUACAUAUCCACACACCUCCAUCAGCCUACAAAGACAUGACCACCAAUGCCAGCCCCGUGCACCCAUACUGGCCUCGGCACCUGAGGCUGGACAACUUUGUGCCUAAUGACUGCCCCACCUGGCAUCUCCUGGCUGGCCUCUUCUCCAUCUCUGGGGUCUUAGUUGUGACCACAUGGCUGUUGUCAGGUCAUGCUGCGGUCAUCCCACUGGGGACUUGGCGGAGACUGUCCCUGUGCUGGUUUGCAGUGUGUGGGUUCAUUCACUUGGUGAUUGAGGGCUGGUUCAGCCUCUACCACGAGGACCUUCUCGGAGACCAAGCCAUCUUGUCUCAACUCUGGAAAGAGUAUGCCAAGGGAGACAGCCGAUACAUCCUGAAUGAUAGCUUCAUGAUAUGCAUGGAGACCAUCACAGCUUGCUUGUGGGGACCACUCAGCCUAUGGGUGGUGAUCGCCUUUCUCCGCCAGCAGCCCCUCCGCUUUGUCCUACAGCUUGUGGUCUCUGUGGGUCAGAUAUACGGGGAUGUGCUAUAUUUCCUGACAGAGCACCGUGAGGGAUUCCAGCAUGGGGAGCUGGGCCACCCUCUCUACUUCUGGUUUUACUUUGUCUUCUUGAACGCCCUGUGGCUGAUGCUGCCCGGAAUCCUCGUGCUUGAUUCUAUAAAGCAACUUGCUCGUGCCCAGAGCAUGCUGGACACCAAAGCCACAAAAGCCAAGAGCAAGCAGAACUAAUGAGUGAUGAACUGGGCUUGAACACUGGCUAUUGAGGAACUCUCCACCUGCCAGAAGAUUCCAAUCCUUGCUCUCACAGGUUGGAAGGACAAAUCAAAUUGAUCUGUCAAACUCAGGCUGAUGGGUGAACAGGGGGAAGAAAGGAGCUGUGUGGAGCUACUGUCAGGAGCUGUUGGGACAAAGGUACAAGAGAACCUUGGAAGUCUGUGAUGGGGACAAUUUUUUUAAAUCAGGAAAUAAAGAUCUUGACCCUA